AUGUCUGGUCGUGGUAAGAAUGGUAAAGGCUUGGGGAAGGAAAGUGCCAAGCACCACUGUAAAGUGCUUCGGGAUAACAUCCAAGGUAUUAGUAAGCCAGCUAUUAGUCACUUGGCUCAACACGAGGGGGUGGGGGUGAAGCGUAUUUCGGGGUUGAUCUACGAAGAGACCUGUGGAGUGCUGAAGGUGUUCUUAGAGAACAUGAUCUGCAAUGCUGUCACUUACACUGAAUGUGCCAAGCGAAAGACUGUAAGCACUAUGGAUGUGGUUUAUGCUCUGAAGCGCCAGGGUCGUACUCUCUAUGGUUUUGGUGGCUAAACGGGUCACUAAAGUCAAGCAGCCUAGCCAUUGUCAAGUGUUUUGUAGGCAUCAUGACAGAGGAGAGAUUUAUGGAGGGACUUGACAGAGGACAAUGAGGUGGUUUUGCGGAUAUUUAUGAGCAGUUCCUCCCAAGCAUAAGGGGAAAUGUUGAAGAGAACAUGAAGGUGUUUGUAACAAGGGGGUGAUGAUGAUGUCAGGCGUUAAUGGCAGGGAAGAUGCAGGAGCCAAGAUCUUGGUUGCAUAAGAGAGAGAUUAGGCUGGAUGGGAUAGGUGAAAGUGCAAACAAGUAGUUUGUGUUUAUGAUGGAGGACAGGGAUGAAGGAUAGAGUGUACUAGUUACAAGAUUUGGCCAGGAAGAGGUAAUUAGAAAUUUUGGCAAGCAUGGUUUCAGUGGAGUGUGAGGAGCAGAAGCUGUAUUGGAGAUGGGUCUAGGUAGGAUGGAAUUGGAUAAAUGGAACUCCAGACAACAAUUGUAGACGGUGUGUUCAAUGAACUUUGAAAUGAGAGGGAGAAGGCAGAUGGGGCCUUAGUGGAAGAGGCAAGUUGGGUCAGGGAGGGGCGGUUAAGAUGAAAGACUAAAGAAUGCUUAGAGUGAGAGGCUAAGGAGCGGGGACACGAGGGAGAUGGGAUGAGGUUACUAGGGAAAGUGGCAGGGAUAGAAGAGGAGAGAAGAUGGAAAAACUUCUGCAUCUAUGACUGGGAAGAAGGAGGAGGAAGUUGGAGGAGG